CCUACGAGUGCAUACCGUUUGGUUGCCUAAUUAUUUACAUUGACGUGAUUAGGGGCUACUGCUACUUCUGCAAGCAAAAUUCCCUUUACCACUAAGACUAUAUCCGCAUUCAAAAGAGGGCCUCUCUAGUCGAGUAACACAUCUCUACCAUGGCUUCUCAGGCUGGAUCCGUCCAUCCAGACCAACCAAUGUUCCGAGCAGUAGCAAGUUCAACGAGGCAGAUAUACCAACUCCUAAAAUGUAUCAGCUUCACUCCCAAGGUUCACGUCCAGAUAACACAUGAUGGCAUGCGAUUCUCCGCUGACCAUUCACGCGUAAUGCAAGGAGUCGCCUUUCUAGAUAAGACUCUUUUCACCUCCUAUACUUUGAACGUGCCGGGAGAGGGUGGCAUCCUACCACAAUUCCAAAUGAACAUCAUUGCUCUGUUAGAAGCACUGCAAAUAUUUGGAGCCACGGACGUGGCCGCUCGAGCUGCUAAGGCCGAAGCGGAGAAUUACCGCAGCAAUUUACGUAACUACCGGCCAGAUGCCUUCAACCACCAGACUCUUGGCAUGCCAGGCACAUGCUGCUUUAUGUAUGAGGAAGAUGGGUCUCCAUUGAGUAUCAUCUUAGACGAGACCGGAGUGAAAACUCAAUGUAAUAUGGUCACUUACACUCCCGAAUCACCUGACGACAUACCUUUUGACCGUGAUGAUCUUUCUUUCAAGAUCAUCAUGCAAGCUCGAUGGCUUUUGGAUUCCCUUUCCGAGUUAGCACCCAUGGCUCCGGUACGCAUCGCCAUUGCUGCCGCGCCCAAUUCACCAUACCUAAGCCUGUCAAGUGGAGGGGGUCUCGGCAGUGCCAGUGUGGAUUUCUCUAACGGCCGCGAUCUUCUUGAGACGUUUUCAGUACGCGAGCGUUGGGGUCAAAGCUUCAAAUUUGACUUCAUCAAAUCAGCAAGCGAGGCUAUGCGUAUAGCAAAUAAAGUUAGUUUCCGUGGAGACGGCCAAGGCGUACUCAGCUUGCAAUUCAUGGUAGAGGUUGAAGGUGGUACAGUGAGCUUCCUCGAUUUCCGGUUCGUUCCUUAUGUCACGCAGGAAGAUGAAGAAACAGACUCAGAAGAAGAGGAAGACGGUUAAUAUUAAAUGGCAUCCAUCUUAAGAGACUCACGGGCCGCUCACAUGCUAUAUCGGACGUAACGGUUAUUUUUCAACGUUGGCUAUGCUUGGCUUAGGUACUUUCUGAGUUCGUCCAACGACUUACUUCCAGGCUAAACAGCUACUUGUAUCCAGCAAUUGAAUCUGAUCUACCUAUUUCAUGCCCAAGAUGACUCAACUGCUGCACUUUUACGUUACCCUUUCCCCAAAACAUGCACCGGCAAGUCAGCCCGAUUCUAGCAUAGGACGCUCCCUGUGACCACGAUUAAACAUAGAGAAUAGGCCCGAAAACAGAUCAUAGCAUCGUCGCUAGGUAGGUAUGUGCGGCAUCGUUGGGUUGUUGAGCCUCAUAGCCCAACAUUAUAAGUGUCAAAACAGAACCUCCCGCCUACCCGUCGUCGUUGAGCCGAAGCUCGACAGCUAACGGCCGCUUUCAUCUACGUGGUGAAACAAACCAGUUGUAUCGUCCCGUCAUAGCGAACCAUAUUCCGAGCGGCUAAGCCACCGGUCCGUAACGCCCAUGCCUAACAGGAAACGGUCGAUAAGUCAUCUGAUCAAUCUACUACUCAGCCCCGAGUGAGAGAGAUUCAGUGCCAUAUGGAUACGAUGUGAGCAUAAUUCGAAAAGGAAGCUUAACAAUAAGGUUAUCUAUUAGUCAAUUAACAUCCCUACGCCGGCAUAGCCUCUACGUACCUUUUGAUGCCUAA